AUGGUGCCAGGGCCCCCACAGCAGCCCACCGAUCCCCCUGGGACCCUGAACCAUCGUGGGGGCCCCGGGUCCCCCCCAGCUGCCGGGGACACAGACCUGGUCCAGCCGUUGAGCAGCUCCAGAGGGUGGCCAGAUGCUGACACCCCCCGAGCGACUCUGGCCCCAGCCACGGCAGGCAGGGCCCCCCGGGUGUUCAUCGUGGAGGAUCAGCCACCCCUCCUGAGAGCAUCCCUCCUCCGCAUCCCCUGUGAGCUGGUGCUGGACAUGGGGUUCGUUCCCGCCCUGCAGGACCCCGGGUCCCGCGAGCGCCAGGGCCUGCUGCACAGCUUCAACCGGACGGUCGCGCCCCUCUUCAUGUCGGUGCCCGGGUUCCUGCGGCUGGAGGUGACGGGGAUCAGGGAGGGCAGCGUGGUGCUGGAGUACGACGCGCUGUUCGCGGCAGAGCGGGUGCAGGCGCCAGGGCUGGGCGAGCUCCUCGACGGCGCCCUGGGCUCCGGCGGCAACCGGCCAGGGCUGGCGGUGGGCACCGCUCCCGUCCUGCGCAACAUGGCUCUGGAGCGGCCUCUGGACCCCUGCGCUGUGCUCUUCGCCUGCCGGGCCGGCUUCGCCUGUGUGGCCGGGGCGGACGGGAACGCCACCUGCACCUCCCUCUGCCACCGCGACUACUGCAAGAACCACGGCAUCUGCACCCACCCUCGGGACCGCGAGCCCCUCUGCCAGUGCCCCGUCGGCAGCGAUUUCUGGUUCAUGGGGCUGCGCUGCGACUACCGGGUGACGCAGCAGAGCCUGCUGGGGAUGGCCGCGGGGGUCCUGCUCAGCAUCGUCCUCCUGGGUGCCGUCGUCGCCGCCGUCGCCAUCCGCCGGUUCAAGGCGCUGCUGAUGGAGGCCAGGGCCGACCAGACCCGCAGCAGCUACCGGCGGUUCUGCCGGCUGGACGAUGUCUCGGCCCAGUACUGGUCCCGCUCCUGGCUGCCCUCGGCCAGCUCGCUGGACAACCCGGCCUUCAGCAACUCGGAGGAGCUGCUCCACUUGCAGAUCUUGGACAACGGCUGCUGCAGCUGCCGGGAGGACUCGGGCAUCACCGGCAGCGCCAAGCAGCGCCCGGUGCCGCCCGCCCGCCCGCCGUGCCGGCCCAGCUUCCAUUACGACUGGGACACAAGUUCUAGCAGCAUGAACGACCCCAUGGUGGACUCGGGAAAAGCCAGCGAUAUCUCGGUGUCGAGCUGGCCCAUGGAGCCCAUCCCAUGGACGCCCUUUCCCCUCCUCCAUCAGCUUUCCAGGCAGCAACCGCACAAAGCCCGACGGCCUCAUUCGUACUGCGAGGGGAUGGAGCUGGUCAACCUUGAGAGGAGCUGGACAGCCUGAAGACCACAGACCAAAAUACAGGCGACAAGGUUCAGCUUUUAAAAUCAACCACAUUUUAUUUCCACGUAACAAGCUCAGUGAAGGAAUUUCAAACACUUUGACAAUACAAUCAACGCAGGUGUGAUGUCAGUUCCACUCGAGGCAGAGUCCUGAAAGGUUAUCUGCCAACAUUUUCACCACUGUUUCGGACCAGACUUCAGAAGCCAGCUUUGGCUUGGGACAGCGUAUUUCAUAGUAAGUAGUUACAGAUAAGUGUCUAGAAACACACAAUGCUGGCAUCCAACAGAGUUAAUGACUUACAUCCGGCAAUUUGAAAAUAAAGUCUAACAGAUUUUUGAAGUCACAUCAUACUAUGUACAUAUAUGGUCUGCCCUAUAGCCAUUUCAGAACAAGCUAAGCCACUGUGAAAAGUGAAAUACAAAUUAAGCGCUGCUGCAUUGUUCAUCAUGAUUAAUGUAAAUGAGGUAUAAAUUUAAACACCAGUACGUUUUAAGCAUUAAAGUUUAUUUUCCAAAAUGCUCUCCUUAUUUGCAAGUGUCCUCUUGAGCAUCUAGCUGGGCACAAAUGGUGGGGUCAUUUGAAAAUGGGCAUUUGAAGUAUACCGAGAGGAUGAGGGUAACAGGAUCCCAAAGGUGCUCGAAUAGAAAAGGAAAAGCAAGCUGCAGUUCUCUACACUUAUAUUCUCAUCUCAUAGUGGGCAUGUUGAGGGAGAUUUUUGCUAGAAUAAAAUGCAGAUCUGUUCAUAAAAAAAUCAGUUUGCUAAAAGAAAAUCAAACUAUGGGAAUACAGAGCUAUCAUAUCGUUUGAUAUUUUCAUUGUAUAGAAAACAGCCUACAAAUAAAGUCACAAAAAAUAGACAGUUAUAUGCUGAGCAGCCAAAAACAUCAUGAUUUAUUAAUAUCUGGAGAAACUUCAUAAUUCAAACACAACCAAACUGUACAUUUUACAAUCACAUUCUAUUUGUAAACAGUUAAAAGCCACUGACUUCUUUUGCAUCUUCGGACACAAACAGUUAGAAUCAAGGCAAUGAAAUGAUGGCGAUUUCUGCACUGUUAAAAUUUUUACCCUUGCCUAGUCUUUAAUUCAUUGACUAAACAAGCAUUAUAUAAUACCUUUUGUGGCAAAAAGAUGUAACUCGUUACUUUUGCAAGAAAGUAUUUGCGAGAACUUUUUAAACAUUUAAAACUUUUAUACAACAAACAAUUCUGUAAGCCCAAUAACUUGGUUACAGUAUGCAUAGUUACUCAGUUCGGCUUUAAGGUACGACAGUUAAACGUUAACACAGUCACAAGAGCAGAAACAGAGCCACUCGAUGGGAUUACAAAAAAAUUGUAUAACUACAGAUUAUUAGCAAACCACCACCACUCACUAAUAAAAAGACAGCGUCAGAAAGCAGUAUGUCAAACUCCAGCUUGAAGCAUUUUUUUUUGGCAGAGAAAAGUCUUACAGAGCAAUAAGUAUUAUCAGUGCUAAAAGUUGAGUUUUUUUUCCUAUAAGAAACUACAAGGAGUUUUUACUGGGGAACUGGUUUUCCUGAGAGCCAUGCUCUUUGAUUUAGGAUACAGGAAUAGAAAACAAAAGGACAUGGCCAAACACUGUUCAUUAUUCCCAGAGAUAGAAAGCAUCUUUUUCAUUCUCAAUUUUUUUUGUCUUUUUAAAAAUUUUUAAAAUGAUGGAAGAGUAAACAUUUUUCUCAAAAAACAAAAAAAAUAUUCUGUAAACAAGAAGGUCCCAACAUGGGCACCCCCAAAACAAAAUUGAAAGCCUAUUGAAAGUGCAGGACCCCCCUGGCUUGCAGGCUGGGUUGCAAGUCACAGCUGUGGCCACAGUUUUUUAAACUGUAGAGCUAAAUUCUUUAGUUUUAUACAUGAAAAAACUGGUGCAAUACUUUCAUUCAUAAUCCUAAGUCAGUAUCAUAACUUGAUCUUUAAACGCCACAAUACCACAAUAAGGUAGGCAUACAUCAAGGCAUAGUAGAGAGCGCACACUGUUUGUUAAGAACAUCCUUGAGUAAACAUUUACACAUGAACUGCUGCCUCCCCGAUAUUGCCGAUUAGACAGAGAGAACAUCAUUCAGUGCAAAGUUAAAAAAGCUCAUACUCCAACAUUAUCAGCAAAAUGCAAAAAAAAAAAAAAAAAAA